AUGUCAGGACAGCUGCUCUCUGGACUGUUAGAAGCCUGCAUUGUCGUUGGAGCUUCGAAUGAUAAACUCAGAGAAGUCUAUGAGGCACAGCAGGAGGGGAGGGGUGUUCGGCACCUUGUGCUGGAACCAGAGGUCUUGCAGGUCCAUGCACCAACACAUGUCCCCAAAACUAAUGAGAACUAUGAAGAGUUUUGUCAUCAGCGGAGACGCUCCUUCCUUAGGAUACCUGAAAAGCAGGUGGUGACCCCAUGUGAUGUCCAGAAAGAGGAAGGAGUCACUGAGGAUGUCAGUGUUCCCAAAGAUAUUGACCUUGUCGCUCUACCACAUCUGUGCUUCCCUGGAGGGCUUGAGGUGUCCUGCGAGCAGAGAGAUGAUCGUUUCCACUUCUUGGUAUUCACCGACGUCUGUGGUGACCAAACGCAUGGCGUGGUGCUUCAGCAUUAUAGACCAAUCCAGGUGGGGAAUGUGUUCCAGGAGAGGUCAACGCAACAGAAUGGCCACUGGUCUGACUUCAGGCCUCGUCGACUUUACACUGCCUAUGGGAUCUGCGUGGUAUCUAAGCACCCGUAUUAUAAUGCCCUUAGGGACUGUCUCUCCUGCCUCCUGGAUCAGCUCAAAACCUGCAAAAAAAUGAGAGACUUUAAGGAGCUGGUGAGGGAUUUUUCAGACAAACUGGCCCUGGUUCCCAUACCGCCCCCUGGGGAGCUUCAUGUGAUGUUUAAUCUCCAGUCUCUGAUGAUUGUGCUGCCGCCCAGAGAGGACAAAGAUCAGCCAGUGGUUGAUCUAGACCUACAUCUUCCAUUCCUCUGCUUUAAACCUAGAGAACUGUUACAGAUAAUCACAGGUAUUCUGACCGAGCAGAGGCUGGUGCUCUUCUCCUCAGACUGGGCUCGACUCACGCUGGUCGCCCAGUGUUUUAUGCUCUACAUUCGUCCACUAUGCUGGCAGCUCCCAUUUGUGCCCAUCCUCUCACACCAGAUGCUUGACUUUGUCAUGGCACCCACCGGUUUCCUAAUGGGUUGUCACCUCAACCAUUAUAAGGAAGUUGCUACGGAAACAGAUGACUCGGUCUUGAUAAACAUAGACGAUGGGACCGUAUCUAGUUCGCAGUCGGAGUGUGUAGACUUGCCAAAUGUUCCGGUAGAUGCAUCACAGUGUUUUGAGACAAGGUGGGCAGGGCUUCAGUUACACUAUGAUCUUGACCUCAUCCAUCAUGGGACCUGCACUAAUAUCAAUGACCUGAGAAUGCACAGACAGCAAUGGCAGCAAAGUCUGAAUGGGGAAAUCCAGAAGAUGAUGUUGGAGUUAAUGGUUAACAUUUUCAGAGAUGUAACUGAUCACCUCAAUUAUGAACACCGGGUGUUUAAUACUGACGAAUUCCUGAAGGCCAGGUAUCCAAAGGACCGUCCAUUUUAUAAAAAGGUUUUAGAGACCCAAAUUUUCCAGCCCUUCCUGAGGGACCUCCUGGACAGAAAGCAGGAUGCAUUCGCUCGCAUGGAAGUACACACCCGCUCAGAUAUCCAGAGGAUGAAAUCAAUGACUGACGGUCCCCGAAGACCCACGGUAAUGGAACUGGUCAGCAAGUACUGCAACUCUGAGAACCGUUCGCAAAAGACGCGUCAGAAGAGUCUGCCUAACUUGGGAGAGGAACGAAACAGCGUGGUUUUAAGUCAACUCCCUCUAAAAAAAGGCGUCUCUGACACCCUUUUGAAGGUCCAGCCAAAACCUGCCUUGAUGUUCAAGCUCCCAGAGUUUCCCUCUUCUUUUGCUUACCACUGUGUACAACAAUAUUACAAGGACGUUGUGAAUCUUCUGGAGAGAUCCAUAGUUUGUGUGCCUCAAGACAACUCGACCCUGCUAGCCAGAUAUUACUACUUGCGUUGCUUCAUGAACGCUUUUUGCGGGAAGCGUUUGGAGGCCCUCCGAGACAUUAAUAACUUGUACAAGACCGAUAUUGAUAUACUGCCUGGCGAGCUUGUGAAGAGGCUGGUGCACUCGUUAACGAAAGAGGAGCGGACGCAGGCCGAACAAUGCCCUGAGUUGAAACACCUCGUCGGCAAGGUCAAGAGAGAAGAGGAACAGAAACCAGCCGAGUCUGACAAACACGUGAAAAAGUUCUCGCUGCCCAAGAGCAGCAUGUCGUUGGAGGACUUUGUGAAGGUCAUUCAGGAGUCAGGCAUUGUGAAGCAAGUGCCUACUAUCCGUCAACUCUUUAACGCCCUUACCCUGGGCCAAUCGCAGAAACAAAUAAACCCGGAGCUGUUUCGCAUCUUCUACACGGUGUGGAAGGAGACGGAAGCGGAGGCUGAACAGAUGGAACUGCCGGAGGGGGUAGCGGAACACCUGGACAGCAGCGAAUGCGUGUACAAGCUGUCCAGCUCUGUCAGAACUAGCCUCGGAGUCGGAAAAAUCGCCAUGUCGCAGAAAAGGCUCUUCUUGCUUACCGUCGGACGACAGGGGUUUGUCGAAAUCGCCAAGUUCAGAGAUAUUGAGCACGUCGAAGUUGUUUCCUCCCUGAGGAGAUCCCUGAGGUCCAUGAAAUCUCUGAGAAUUAAGACAUGCAUGAAGAAGGACACCUUUGAGGCCAACCUGAAAUCAGAAUGUGACCUCUGGAACCUCAUCGUUAGAGAGAUGUGGGCGGGAAGGACGAUGGCAGACGAGCACAAGGAUCCUCAGUAUGUGCAGCAAGCACUGACUAACGUUCUGCUUAUGGAUGCUGUGGUUGGCUGCCUUCCGUCACAGAAAGCCAUUUACGCUGCUUCCAAACUUUCCUCCCUUGACAAGAUAAGACAAGCACCUGUGAUGGUUCCUACAACCACAACGGAGACCUUGCAACAUAAGAUAAGCCCGUCUCUUGACCUUCCCGCUCCUGAGGCUGUCAACGCCCUUCUCUAUAUUCCAGGACAGCUGACAGUCUCGGACUCCGAUCCAGAUGACAUUCCAAAGCUGUUCUGUGCGCUCAGUCAGGGAAAGUUGGUUGUGUUUGAUGCAGCCACCUGGUCCAUUGAGCAGCAGUGCAUUCAAUUAGGAACUGCCCAGUUGAACUGCAUGCUGGGAUUGAACAGGGAGCAGGUGUGGAUUGGCUCUGAGGAUUCUGUCAUUUACAUAAUCAAUGCUCGCACCCUGUCCUAUAACAAGCAGCUGACUGAACAUCGUAGUGAUGUUAUGGAUUUCGCUCUGGAGGACAGGAAAAGCGUAUUCAGUCAAGCGCAGGUGUAUUCCUGCAGUGUAGAUGGCACAGUCAUCGUGUGGGAUGUCCCCACUCUCAAAAUGAAGAGACAAUUUCAUGUGACCUGUGACAGACUCAGUUCCAUUCAGAUUUACAAUGGAUCAUUAUGGUGUGGUGCCAGAGAUUGCAUCACGGAGCUGAAGAAAACUGGACUGCAGUAUCGUAAAAUCUGCUUACCGCAAGACCCAAAGAAAAUGGAAACUUAUUUCAGCAGCUUUGUCCGGAUUCCGGAGAGCGGCCAGAUCUGGACAUGCUAUGCAGAUUCAUCUGUUCUGUACGUGUGGAAUGAUAAAGAUUUCACCAAACCUCAGAACAAGGUCAAACUCCCACACAGCUAUGGAAUCACAUGCAUGAUCAGAGUCAAGAAUCAGAUCUGGGUGGGAUGCCAGAGUCGUAUGAAGGGGAAGAUUUUUGUGGUGAACAUAGAGGAACUCAGCAUUGAGAAGGAGCUGCUCGCUCACACUGACAGCGUUCUGUCACUCUGCACUGCCGAGGACCGUUACGUCCUCAGCGGCUCUGGAAGCCAGGACGGCAAGAUCGCCAUCUGGAAAGUGUAGUGGAGUCAGGACGUAAG